GGCCCGGGCACGGCCGCGGGGGCACAGCGGGAGGGCAGCGGCCCGCGGGGCUUUCUCCCCCCCCCUGAGGAGGGACGCGACGCGGCGGGGAGCGCGGCACCGGGACCCGGCCCGGUUCCCGAGCCUGGGAGCGGGGAGGGGGGACGAGGCCGCUCGCCCCCCUCCCCCGACUCGGCGACGGGGCGCGGAGGCCCGGGGCUGAGGGAGCGGCCGGAGCUUGCCGGCGGGGCUCGUUCCUGGCCCGCGGGGGAAGGGCCCGGGCCGGGCCGGCAGCCUCCGCGCCGCUGUAGACGCGGGGAGCGGGAGCCGGCCGUGGCCUCCCCCCCGGGGAAGUCCCUUCCCUCCUGCCUCCAGCGUUAAUUUGGUUGCACUUAAAAGUGUUUCAUCCCGUUUUCGUUCCCUCCCGGCUUUCCCCGGGGCGGCAGCGGGGUCCCUCGUUUCCCUCCCGCACGACUGACACCUGUGGAAGGGGCCGGGGGGUGGGAGCGGGGAGGGGGGUUGGCAGCUCCUCAUUGACCUGCUGUUCUCGGCAAGGGAAGGGGCUGUUCGGGGUGCUGGGCAGUGAGCAUUUCUUCCUCCUAAUUGUUCCCGUUUCAAGGUGGGUCGUUAAAGCUGUAGUGGGUUGUGCGUUGUCUGACACCGGCUGACACCUGGACGAGUCGUGGUGACACAUCAUGUGCCAGGCGGAAUCCAGGCGGUUGAAGGAUGCCCCUGGGAGAUCUCGAUAGGCACCGAAGGCCUCAAACUUUUGUAGGCGUGAAAAGCAAAGACCUUAGAAUUGGUUCUGAAAACUCCUUCAAAGAAACUUGGUUCCAGCUUCCAAACGGCUGAGGAGUGGAGAAAAAGAAAGACCACAACCCCAAAGCCCAACCCCAAACUCCCCCUCAGUGCUCCUGGUGAGGACAGCAGGGCACAGCCGCUUCCCCCCGCCCCCCGCCUGGGAGUCGGUGACUAUGAGCUACUAGGAAUGGAAAGUCACGAAAGAGACUCGUUGGUUGUCAGUUUUCAAGUGGUGGCCUGAAGUCUCAGAGGAUGACCUAGCACUUAAGAAGCAAACUGGGCCAAAUUAAAGGCCAAGUUGAAAGAACCCAAACAGCGGGACCAGGUGGGAAGCAAAGCCAAGUCCCAGACUUGAGUGUGUCUGGUCAAAGAUAUAUCUUGUUUUUAAAAGACAUUGUGUUGCUGGAGCCAGGCCUGGAUCUUUUAGCAUCCAACUGAGCUGGAAGCAGCUCGUAGGUUUGUUUUGGUUUUGUUGGUUUGUUGUGCUUUGGGUUUUUUUUUGGGGGGGGGAGGGUUGUUGCUUUUAAUUAUUCAUGUUUGUACAAUCUUCUGGAUCUUUUUGUUCAAGAAGGAGUAAAAGGGAGUGUUGGAAACUAACAAACAGGAUUAAAGCCCUGAGUGCUUAAGGAAAACAGGUUAUAAAGAACUUUAAUCCAGGAUGGAGAUGCAGGAGCCCCAGCAGCUGGGAAUGUUCUCGGAGAGUGAGCUGAUGUCGGUGGGGAUGGACACUUUCAUCCAUCGCAUCGACUCUACGGAGGUCAUCUACCAACCCCGGAGGAAAAGGGCCAAGCUCAUUGGCAAAUACCUAAUGGGAGACUUACUUGGAGAAGGAUCUUAUGGCAAAGUCAAGGAGAUGUUGGACUCUGAAACCCUCUGUAGGAGAGCUGUGAAGAUACUGAAGAAGAAGAAGCUACGCAGGAUUCCCAACGGAGAGGCAAAUGUCAAAAAGGAGAUUCAGCUCCUGCGGCGAUUACGGCACAGAAACGUGAUCCAGUUGGUAGAUGUGUUAUACAAUGAAGAGAAGCAGAAAAUGUAUAUGGUGAUGGAGUACUGUGUGUGUGGGAUGCAGGAGAUGCUGGACAGUGUCCCAGAAAAAAGGUUUCCAGUAUUUCAGGCUCACGGGUACUUUUGUCAGCUUAUAGAUGGCUUAGAAUACUUGCACAGCCAAGGCAUUGUCCACAAGGAUAUAAAACCUGGGAACCUCCUGCUGACAACCAAUGGGACACUAAAAAUAUCUGAUUUAGGUGUAGCAGAGGCAUUGCAUCCAUUUGCAGAGGAUGACACGUGCAGAACGAGCCAAGGGUCGCCAGCAUUCCAGCCACCAGAAAUUGCCAAUGGCCUUGACACCUUUUCAGGCUUUAAAGUAGACAUCUGGUCUGCAGGGGUCACACUAUACAACAUUACCACGGGUCUGUACCCCUUUGAGGGGGAUAAUAUCUAUAAGUUAUUUGAAAACAUCGGGAAAGGUGACUACACAAUUCCAGAGGAUUGUGGUCCUCCACUCUCAGACUUAUUGAGAGGGAUGCUUGAAUACGACCCAGCCAAGAGAUUUUCAAUACAGCAGAUAAGGCAGCACAAUUGGUUUCGUAAGAAACACGCUCAGGCAGAGGCUCUGGUGCCCAUCCCUCCCAGCCCAGAGACAAAGGACAGGUGGAGAAGCAUGACGGCGGUGCCUUAUCUGGAAGAUCUGCAUGGCUACAACGAGGAGGAAGAUGACGAUUUGUACGACAUUGAAGAUGAUAUCAUCUACACUCAGGACUUCACAGUACCAGGACAGGUGCCUGAGGAGGAGGCAGGGCAGAACGGGCAGAGCCACAGAGGGCUGCCCAAGGCCGUGUGCAUGAACGGGACGGAGCCGGGGCAGCUGAGCACCAAGACGAAGGCUGAGCGCAGGGCCAGCGCCUCCUCCAACCCCUCCCGCAAGGCCUGUUCUGCCAGCAGCAAGAUCCGCAAGCUCUCCACCUGCAAGCAGCAGUGAGGGGGCAGCCCCUGUGCCCCACACAGUGUCCCAGGGCCCAUCCCCAUCACCCCAGCUCUGCCUCUCUCCUAGGGGUGAACUGUGCUCGUCAUCCAAAACCAAAUCAGAGGAAACCAAGCGAGGAGCCCCCUCUCCAACCCCCUCACCACCCUCCCCCCACGGCCCCGCUCCGGACAACGCCGGGACCCGGCAGUUUGGGGGCUGAGCCCGCUGCCCACCGCAGACCCUGCUGCCAGGAGGCUGCCAGGAGGCUGCCAGGAGGCUGCCCCUCUGCCCCAAUCACUCUUUGCCAAUCAAGACACUGAUUCUGGGUUUGAUUUGUGCGCUGGGAGGGUGAGCAGGGGGGAGGGGGUGCAGGGAGGAGGGGGUGGGACCCCCCCAGGCCAGGCCCCCCCUGGCUGUGUAGAAGUUGUGCAAAGCCAUUGCCGUGCACUUUAUGUUUUAGACUACUGGUAUAUAUUAUAUAUUUUCCUCUUUUGUUUUUGGUUCUGUUUAUAUUUGCAGUAUAUUUAGAGGUUCCUACACAUUGUGAUGUGUUGAAAAGAAACCAGAUGAGGGAAAAUAAAAAGCCCCCCCCAACAGAAAAAAAACCAAACCACCUCCCUCCCCCCCUCCCCAGGUGUUAAAGACAAAGCAAAACUCUCUUCACCCUGCAUGCUGUACAAGGGCUCGGACAAGGGAAGGGGGGAGGUCGCUGUCUCUUUUUUCUUCUUUCCUUUCCUUUCCUUUUCUUUCUUUUUUUUUUUUAAAGAAAAAAUAAACUGAAAACAGAGA